GGGUUCGUGAUGAAAUUCGUUCGCGGAUAUAUUUUCCCCCUGUGGAUUUUCUGGUUUCUUGUUUUCUUUCCUUUUGCUUCCAUUCAUUCUUGUCUUUUUAGGUAUUUCGAUAUGAUUUUACCCUUUUUUCAUUGUUUUCAUCAUGAGGUUCCGAAGGUCUACCUGUGUUCGUUUGCUCGAUUGCUCGUCCUCGAUUUCAAAGCUGUCUGUCUGUUCGCCAGACAGACACCGCAUGGAGAUACCAUACCAUACUUCUGCCCUGUAUCUACAAACUAGAUCGUGGAGUAGUUGUGGGGCGGACAGCUGUUAUCAUAUCACGCUAUCGCAGCAUGAUUCGUGGC